ACAUCCUUUCUCAUGAUCUCUCUUGUUUAGUACCAAUGGCUGUUACUAGAAUUCUGCUUUGGUCAUUUUCAUUCAUUCUCGCCUUACUUUGCUCAAGCGCUCAGAUACAGAACAGUACAACAAACCUGGGUUCUAGCAUCACUGCGGGAUCCGAUUCUUCAUGGAAAUCACCCUAUGGUGAUUUUGCUUUUGGGUUCUACCCUCUUGUCACCAACCAGUACCUUGUUGGUAUUUGGUUUGAUAAAAUCUCAGAGAAAACUCUGGUUUGGUCAGCAAAUCGUGACGAUCCAGCUGUUAAAGGAUCAACCAUCAAGUUAUUACUCAAUGGUCAACUUGUACUCACACACACAAAUGGGACUCAACUUUUCAUAUGCAAUCACACGUCUACAAAAUCAGCUUCAAUGAAAGAUGAUGGAAAUUUUGUAUUGCGAAACUCUUCCUCUGGAAUCAUUUGGCAGAGUUUUGAUUUCCCAACAGACACCAUUUUAUUAGGCCAAACUUUGGUGAUGGGCCAGAAGCUGCACUCCAAUGCCAAUGGCACAGUUGACUACUCCACUGGUCAAUAUCAGUUGGAGAUUCAGCAACUUGAUGGGAAUAUUCUGUUAUCUGCGUUUCGUUUUAGUGGUCCGGCUUACUGGUACAGUGCUACUGUUAACAAUGGCAAUGUGAGCCUAGUUUUCAGCAAGACCACAGCUUUCAUGUAUGCUAUUUAUGUAGAAAAAAAUUCAAUGGCAUACAAAAUGACAAGCAAAGUGCCCACUCCUAUUGAAGAUUACUACCACAAAGCAACUAUCAAUGACAAAGGAAAUUUCCAACAGUUAGCCUUUUUUAAAAGAAAUGGAGCUAGCAAAUGGGAUGUUGUGUGGGAGGCUAUUACUAAGCCUUGCACUGUGGAUAAUAUUUGUGGGGUAUUUGGCUUUUGCAUUACACCAGAUGAUAAAAUAGCCAAUUGCACAUGCUUGCCUGGUUAUUCACCUUUGGAUCCAAACACUCCUUCCAAAGGGUGUUAUCCAAAUGUAGUGAUGGAUUUUUGUGCACCAAAUUCUUCGGCUUCGAAUUUCACUAUUCAAACACUCAAUAAUGCUGAUAACCCAAAUCAUGAAUUUGCAGAUUUAGCUAGAAUUCAACAAACAGAUGCGGAUAACUGCAAGAAGGAAGUGAUGGAUGAUUGUUUUUGUGUGGCUGCUGUUUUUAACAGCGGUAAUAAUGUUUGUUAUAAGAAAAGAAUGCCUUUGGUGAAUAGCAGAAGCAACCCUACCACUAAUAAUAUGGUGGUGUUUAUAAAAGUUCCAGUGAAGAAUCACGAUUUGGACCCCAAAGAUAAAAAGGAGUCCCCAUCCAGUGCUGUUCUGCUAGCAAGCUUUCUGUCAUGUUCAAUAUUUGCAGUGCUAUUUGUAGCCAUCGCUAUUUAUCAUCACCCUUUGGCUCAGCGUUAUAUGCGUGUUCAACUUCAGCCCCCUCCAAAAAGAAAGCCAGUGGAGCUAAACUUGAAGGCAUAUUCAUUCCAAGAUUUACGAGAAGCAACAAAUGGAUUCAAGAAUAUGCUAGGCCAAGGAGCAUUUGGUACUGUCUACAGUGGGGUUUUAACCUUAGAAGAUGAAGCGGUUGAGGUUGCUGUUAAAAAGUUGGACAAAGUGAUUGAAAGAGGUGAAAAGGAAUUCUUGACAGAAGUACAAGUAAUUGGUUUUGACACAUCACAGGAAUCUUGUGCGGUUGUUGGGUUAUUGUAACGAGCAAAGUCACCGGCUUUUGGUUUAUGAGCUAAUGAAGAAUGGGACUUUAUCUAACUUCUUGUUUGGGGAAGGGAAAAGACCCAGCUGGGAAAGUAGAGCUGAAAUUGCUCUUGGGAUUGCAAGAGGUUUGUUAUAUUUGCAUGAAGAGUGUGAUACCCUGAUCAUCCAUUGUGACAUAAAGCCACAGAAUGUUCUUCUUGACAACAAUUUCACUGCAAAGAUAGCAGAUUUUGGCCUAGCAAAGCUACUGAUGAAGGAUCAAACUCGAACAAACACCAAUGUAAGAGGAACAAUGGGAUAUAUCGCACCAGAAUGGCUCAAGAAUGCACCUGUAACUACCAAGGUGGAUGUUUACAGCUUGGGGUCAUGUUGCUUGAGAUUAUCUAUUGUAGAAAGCACAUGGAAUUGCAUCCAGCUGAUGAAUCAAAGGAUGUGGAGUACACAAUUCUAACAGAUUGGGUUUUGAGCUGUGUCAGAGCUGCGAACUUAGAAGCCACUGUGAUUCAUGAUUCUGAACUUUUGAGUGAUUACAAGAGGUUUGAGAGGAUGGCUUUGGUAGGAGUAUGGUGCACAUGUUCUAAUCCAACUCUACGUCCAUCUAUGAAGAAGGUUGUUCAGAUGUUAGAAGGAACUGUUGAAGUUGAUGUUCCACCUCUGAUUGAUGCGCAAAUGUUUUAAUUUUUUAUUGUCUUCUGUUUAUGUUUCUAGUUUUGAUUUGCUGGAUUGUGAACUACUUCAUUUUGCAGCAUGAUUAAUAAAACUUCUAAAUUCUCUUUUGCUUAAA